AUGUUCAGAUUCACAGCCGCCGCAGCUGCCCGCUCGUUGAGAGUCCCCGCGCAAAGAAGCUUGUUGAUAAAACCGGUGCGUUUCUACGUUUCCCCACCAAUCACAAGAGACGAAGUCAUCACUCGUGCUUUCGAGGCGUUGAAAACCGUUGCUACUUUACAAGAGUCGAACCUUUCGUUGGAGAGCUCCUUCCAGAAGGAUUUGGGGUUGGACUCGUUGGACACCGUUGAGGCCUUGGUUGCUUUGGAAGAAGAGUUCGACUUGGAGAUCCCUGACAAGGUGGCCGAUGACAUCAAGACGGUUGGUGAGGCUGUCGACUACAUCUUGAAAGAAGAAGUCAAGGAAUAA